AUGUCACACUAUCCCCUGACUUCACCCGGUUCCAAGUACAAACAGCCAAACAAAACAAAAGACCCUUUUGCGUCUGUCUAUUAUGCAUUCCAUCACGCCGCCCAGAUGCGAGAAACAACAAGAAAGAAGAAGAAGAAGGUGGUAACCAGCCCUGGACGAGCCCUGGCCCAAUCCAACCAGACAAGAUAUAUAAAAUGCAUAAAUAUGCUCCCUUCCUUCCCUCCCAAUGAUUUCCAGUCACCCCUAAAAGAGAGGGGGAAAACGCCCAAUUCGCUUAUGAACCCAAGAACCUAUGCAAUUGAAUGA